AUGUCAACGGAAGAUUACGAUGAGUUUGGUAAUUACAUUGGUGGAGAUCUCGAAUCCGAUGACGAUUCCGAUGUGGAGAUUGCGCCAUCUGCCCCUUCAGCGUCUGGACCUUCUGGGCCUUCGCAAAGUUACGCGCCAUUAGAAGGAUUAGAAGAUGAGGAUGAGGAUAUGGAUGAAGACACGGGGAUGGAGAUGACUUUGCAUGGUGUUGAUGGCACAGCAGGGAACCAGGUGAUUCUACAUGAGGAUAAGAAGUACUAUGCAACAGCAGAAGAGACUUAUGGAGCAGAUGUAGAAGCCAUGGUUCAAGAAGAAGAUGCGCAACCUUUAUCUGAACCUAUAGUAGCUCCUAUAAAAGUCAAAGCUUUCACACUGCAAGAAAAGGGUCUACCAGAAACUAGAUUUGAUAGAAAUUUUAUGAUUGAUCUUAUGAAUUAUCCAGAUAUGAUCAGAAACGUCAUGGUUGCUGGACAUAUUCAUCAUGGAAAGACAUCAUUAUUAGAUAUGCUGGUAUUCGAGACUCAUAAAAUGACGUAUGAUGUUGAUAAACCCGUCCGCUACACUGAUACUCACACCCUCACUCGAUCUCGAGAAAUUUCCAUCAAGUCAGGACCCAUGUCGCUAGUAUUACAAAACUCAAAAGGCAAAUCUAGUUUAGUGAAUAUCAUCGACACGCCAGGACAUGUAAAUUUCGUUGAUGAGGUAGCUUCUAUCGGUCGACUUGUGGAUGGUGUAGUACUCGUCGUAGAUGUUGUCGAAGGUGUCAUGCACGGAACAGAGCAAAUCAUUCGACAUGCUAUGCAGGAGAAAUUGAAAAUAGUUCUGGUGGUGAACAAAAUGGAUAGAUUGAUCUUGGAGUUGAGAUUACCACCAAGUGAAGCUUUCUUCAAAAUCAAACAUACAAUCGAGGAGGUGAACUCUAUUAUAGCCUCUAUCGAUCCAGACGAUUCUUACCGACUAUCACCUGAACGAGGAAACGUUGCGUUUGCUUCCACUCAAAUGGGAUGGUGUUUCACUCUUCGGACUUUCGCUGCCAUGUAUUCGGAUACAUUCGGUUCCUUCGAUAUUGAUGAAUUUGCUUUAAGGCUAUGGGGCAAUAUCUACUUUGAUGGCGAAAAGAGAAAGUUCACGCGUAAACCCGUAGAUGUGGAAUCAAAGAGAUCUUUCGUACAUUUCAUCUUGGAACCACUAUAUAAACUUUACACACAGGUAUUAAGUGAGGAUUCAGAGACUCUGAAAGAAACCUUAGCGGAUCUGAGGAUAACACUAAAACCUUCCGCUUACAAGAUGGAUGUCAGACCUUUACUGAAAGUGGUAUUGGAGGCUUUCUUUGGACCUUCAAUAGGAUUGGUAGAUAUGAUAACGGAGUUUGUCCCUUCACCGGUAGCAAAUGCGGAAGAAAAGAUACGGCACACCUACACCGGCCCUUUGACGUCUGACCUUGCUGAUUCAAUGGUCAAGUGUGACUCUCAAGGCCCCACCGUAGUGCAUGUUGCCAAGCUUUAUCAUACAACAGACGCCGAGACUUUCAGAGCGUUUGGAAGAGUUAUGAGCGGAACUGUAAGGGUCGGACAAUCUGUAAAAGUAUUAGGGGAGGGCUAUUCGCUUGAAGACGAGGAAGAUAUGGUAUCUGCCGUAGUAGAGGGUGUCUUGAUCGACGAAUCAAGGUACACAUUGGACAUCGAGAAAGCUUCUGCUGGUAAUUUAGUUUUACUCUCUGGUGUAGAUGCGUCAAUAUCAAAAACCGCUACGAUAGUCUCAAAAGGCAUUGAAGACGACCUGUAUAUCUUCCGACCAAUCAAACACAUCACAAAUUCUGUGCUAAAGGUUGCCGUUGAACCAAUCUCACCAUCAGAAUUACCUAAAAUGUUAGAAGGGUUGAGGAAGAUCAACAAGUCAUAUCCUCUGGUAACCACCAAAGUUGAAGAAUCAGGUGAACACAUAAUUCUCGGUACGGGAGAGCUGUACAUGGAUUGUGUCUUACACGACCUUCGAAAAUUGUUCUCGGAGAUCGAAAUCAAAGUAUCAGAUCCUGUCACUAAAUUCUGUGAGACUGUGGUGGAAACUUCUGCCUUGAAAUGUUAUGCUGAAACUCCUAACAAAAAAAAUAAACUCACCAUGAUCUCUGAACCUCUCGAAACUGGAAUUGCAAAUGACAUUGAAUCCGGAAAGGUAUCAAUGCGGAUGACCAAUAAGGAAAGAGGAAAAUUCUUUGAAAGCAAAUAUCAGUGGGAUUUGUUAGCUUCUAGGAAUAUAUGGGCAUUCGGUCCUGAGGAGAAUGGUGCGAACGUUUUGAUUAAUGACACAUUGCCUUCUGAGGUUGACACAAAACUAUUGAGCAGCGUAAGAGAGAGCGUCAAACAAGGUUUCCAAUGGGGAACCAGGGAAGGACCACUGUGUGAUGAACCUAUUCGAGGCGUCAAAUUCAGGAUUCUCGAUGCGAAUUUAGCACCAGAGCCAAUAUAUCGUGGUGGAGGUCAAAUCAUUCCGACUGCUCGAAGAGUAUGCUAUUCAUCAUUCCUUCUUGCGACACCCCGUCUUCUCGAACCUGUCUACUACGUCGAGGUUCAAGCGCCAGCAGAUUGUGUAGCAGCGGUGUAUACUGUUUUAUCACGUCGAAGAGGUCAUGUGACUCGAGAUAUACCCAAACCCGGCUCACCUCUAUAUACAGUCAAAGCUCACAUACCCGUGCUAGACGCCAACGGGUUCGAAACUGAUCUGAGAACAGCUACGAUGGGUCAAGCAUUUGUACAAAUGUCCUUUGACCAUUGGUCAGUCGUUCCUGGAGAUCCAACUGAUUCUUCAAUCCAACUUCGACCUUUGGAGCCUGCAACAGGUCAAUCAUUAGCUAGAGAUUUAGUAUUGAAAACUAGAAGAAGAAAGGGUCUGAGUGAUAGUAUCGCAGUUGCCAAGUAUCUGGAAGAUGAGACUAUCAUCGCUAUAAGUGCGUCGGGUAAUGCCGAUCUGCUAGGUUAA